GAACCCUCCCACCUUCUGAAUCCUCCUCUUCCCCUCAUACACCUGAGCCUCCACACACAGGUCCUUCUGUUGUUGUUGCCCCACCGGCACGGAGACCAGAUCAGGAUAUAAGCUCUUGGACCUGUUCUUAUCAUCAGAAAGAGUGGAUGAAGACAGAGCUCCAGUCUCUGGGACUGUGGCCUGGGUCCCACCAUAUGCUCAAGCCAGGAAACGCCCUUUCAUUAUGCCGUCUCCCUCCACAGCCAGAACUCAUUGACACUGUGUUAGCACUCCCAUCCCGCAAUUUCUUUCAGCUCCAUCCAUUUUUUAUUUGGAAACCAGAAAGUGACAGCAUGGUGAGACUAAGAAAUAAUUAUAUACUCCCAUGUCUUCAUGGUUGUCCAAAGCCAGAUAUAGUCUCAGCUGGUGUGGGUAGGCCUCGAGUGGGUGUUGGCACUAGUGGACAGUAUUACAUCUUUGCUUCACGCCUUCGCUGCAGGGUGUGCAAGAGGAUCUGGUUUGCUGACAGUCCUCAGUGGACGGGGAAACUGCCAAAGCGGUUCACAAGCAUUCUGCCAGCAUUCCUAACUUACAAGAAGGCCAUUUGCAAGUCUGUGCUUCAUGAGCUGAGGCGUACUGGCAAGUCACCUUCAGACAUGGCAAACCAGGUGAAUGAGCUGAUGCACCUUAAAUAUGAACAAGCUCACCUGGCAUACCUUCACAGCAUAAAGAACAUCUGGGAUGUUGAGGCUGGGGUUUACGGGCAGAUGACUCUUGGUCACCUUGUGAUGACAUGCCACAGUCUUUUGGAGCCUAUGAUGAUGCAGAUGGGUGGUGUGGAGUCUCUGUCUCUGCUCACUACCUGACUGACGGCCUCAUUGAUGAGUACCGGCGCCAAGAGCCAGCUAUCACUAAACUCCUGCAGGGCACUUUUGGACAGGUCUUGCAGUCUGACCACACCAGGAAGGUGGCACGAAAUGUGACCUUGUCAUCUGGCACCAUGUCAAGCUAUGCAGUUAUUAAACGAAAAUUGGAUGAUUGUUUCCUGGGUGAUGUUGCAGUCUGAGAGAGAGAAGUCCCUUGAACCCAUGUACCGGGGGUUAGCAAAGAGGAUGCAGGGGUGGAGAAGGCCAAUUACCA